AUGCCUACAAAUAAGGCGACCUCCCUAGCCUACGUCGAUACAGUCUACUCUGCCGACUCUAUCGAAUUCUGCCCGUUUCAAGGCUUUCAAGACUUGUUUGUAUGCGGCACUUAUCAAAUAAUCAAACCCGAGGAGUUAGAACAGCCUAAAGCGUCAGAAGAAAACAAGGACGAGGAGGAGAGCGAUAGCGAUGAGGAAGAGUUUGUACCGCAAUCGACACAGCGAAAGGGGCGACUGCUAUUGUUCCAGAUCGAUCAGGAUUGUCAACCCAAUGAGCUUCAAAGAAUAGAGACACCAGCCAUCCUCGAUUCAAAAUGGUCCCCUCAUGUGCGGACUGGCGGCGGACCCAGAUUGGCUGUUGCGGAUGCCAAAGGGCAUAUCGCCUUAUACGAGCUCAACCCUGACACUAAACGACUGGAGGAAGUGCAGACGAUUGAUGUCGAAGAUGAGACCCGACUUUGUCUUUCGCUCGACUUUUCGUACCGUCUCGAGCCAUCUGUAGAGCCGUCCAUCAUUGCUUCCAUCUCGAACGGCUCACUCUCACAUCUCACGCCUACGCCUACAGGCUAUGAAGUCUCUUCCUCAUGGCAUGCCCACGAUUUUGAACCUUGGAUCACCGCUUUCGACCUCCAAGAUGUCAACACCGUAUGGUCAGGUGGAGACGACUGCAAGCUUAAACGCUGGGACCUUCGCGAACCCUUCAUGCCGUCCAUGGUCAACAAGAACUUUGAUGGCGGCGUGACCACCAUCACUCCAUCUCCAUACACACCGAAUCUCCUCGCCAUCGGCUCGUACGACGAGUCUCUCCGCCUCUUUGACACCCGUUCCCCGCGCACGCCAUUGCUCACGCUGCCGAUGGGGGGUGGGAUCUGGCGGGUUCGGUGGCAUCCGCUCCUCGAGAGAAGGGGAGACUUGCUGGUGGCUAGCAUGCAUGAUGGGUUCAAGGUCGUGAGACUGUCGGAACAGAUGGUCGGGGGUGAUUGGGGAGCCCUCAGUGAUGAUGAUGGGAGUGUCAUCAAGACAUUCGAGGCGCACGAGAGUUUGGCGUAUGGGGCCGAUUGGAGCAGGUUGCCUCUAGAAAAUGAGGAGAGUGCUAUAGCGACGUGUUCGUUCUACGAUCAUGCUAUGCAUCUGUGGAGAGGGUGA